AUGCCAGACACUUUGCAGUUCAUUGUGGCCACCGACCUGCCUUUUCAAAUUCAUCAUUGUUAUCAUUUCGUGAACUGUUUGAAGUCCAGGAAGGUGAGUUCCCAUGGCAAGUUAAAAAUGGCAUUGGGAAAUAUUACCGUGGUCAUGGGAACCAAAAGAUUCAGUGAUGUCCACUUGGAGAGAAAGCAAGUGCAGAAGAUAAUUAUUCACAAAGAUUAUAAACCAUCCCACCUUGACAGUGAUCUCUCCUUGCUUCUGCUUGCCACACCAGUACAAUUCACUAACUUCAAAAUGCCCAUCUGUCUGCAGAAGAAGGAAAGGAUCUGGGACCGGUGUUGGAUGGCAGAGUGGGUGACAGCUUAUGAGCAUGGUAUGUACCUAAAGGACAACUUAAACGUGUACCUGCAGAAGCUGAGAGUGAUGCAGAUUAGCUGGAGAGAAUGCAGCAAGAGAGUAGACCAGCUCUCUAGGAACAUGGUUUGUGCUUGGAAGGAACCAGGCACCAAAGGCGAUUGCCAGGGAGACAGUGGGGCACCUAUGGUCUGUACUACUCAUGGAACCCAGAGGCUCUUCCAAGUGGGUGUCUUCAGUUGGGGUACAAGAUCUGGCUUCAGGGGGAGGCCCGGUAUGUUUGUGUCUGUCGCUCAAUUUAUUCAAUGGAUCCAGGAGGAGACAGAAAAGGAGGGAAAAGCCUAUACCAUCUCAGGAGCCUGGAGAAGCUCCCUGCUUCAUGUUCCAAUAUACCCAUUAUUGUUGGGCGUGGGUUCUCAAAUGUUGUUUGCCACCAUGUUUACUGGUGAUAAAUCAAAUCACUAA